CAUUCGAGCAGAGUGAAGUUGUUAGCAGAGUACUAUGCAGGCUGCAGUGUGAGAGAGUCUAAGAGUGUGGGAGAGAGGACAACCUGCAGGCUGCAGGGAGAGAGAGAGAUUUCCCUGCUCCCAAGAGGGUGUCCAAGCUGCAGGGAGAGAGCGGAAGUUCCUUGCUCCAGAAGAGCGUUACUCCAUGCCCCAGGAGAGAAGCGUGUGUGCCGCUAGAGUUAGUGGGUCUGUCUCAGGAAUUGCUGGGUGUGACUGCAAUCUGUGGACCAGCUGCAAAGUGAAAGCAAAGGCAGGGGCUGUUGUAUAGCUGCUGAGUAAGAUAAUGACCCAGGUGCCACUGCCAUUACCAUCCAGAUCGGACUCUGUGCAGCUGAUAGCCCUGCAUUCUGCAGAGUAAAUAUGAACUGAAAAGCUUUUUACCUGCCAAGACCUGAAUUAUAUGGUUCGUGUUUCCACUUCAACAGCUGAUGAUAUCACUAGGGCGGCAUUAAUUUCCUGCAUUCCUUACAAUGCCCUUGAGAAAGCUUUACAGUUCACCUUUACAACAAUCAGCAGGAAGCAACGUCUUCUUUCCAGAAAAGAAAGUGGCAACUGAAACACUGCCCAGGGCACGACCUUCAUCAGCACAAUGGAUCAGGAAAAAGAGCAACCUGCCAAGUCUUCCUAGCUCCUGUACAAAGUUCCUGAACCCUCACAUAUGUCCAGUCAACAGUCCCAACUACACCUUCCCUCCUACUGAAAGAAGCAAGUCAACAAAGUCUAGCUCAAACCUGAAACGUUACCAAAAACCCUGUAAGAGACUCCCUCCUGAAAUUUUACAGUCAGCUCAGUGCACUGCGCAUCAGAUUCCAGAUCAGAAGGAAGUUAUGUUUGUGUAGCUAGUAGCAGAGAUUUCACAAAUAAAUAAACACCCGUAUAUAUUCAAGAUUAUACACACCACACUAUACUGUGUGUAGAAGUAUAAACUCAAAAUGUCUGAUCGGUAUAGAAACAAUGCAAAUCUAUAUCAAGGGGCUAAGGACAUAGCUAGAGAGGUGAAUCAGGUGUCAGAUGACUACCGGUACCAGGAUGGCAACUAUGCACCUUCAGAUGGCUAUUACCAUGAUGGGAAUGAGCCAACCCAAGAAGAGGAUGCCCAGAGCGAUGCCACGGAAGGCCAUGAUGAGGAUGAUGAGGUCUAUGAAGGAGAGUACCAGGGCAUCCCUCACCCAGAUGACAUUAAGGGCAAACAGAAGAAGAAAGCCCCUGCCAUGGCCGAUGAGUUUAGAGACAAGGCUGAGCUCAUAGCCGAGCGGAUGGAGGAUGAGGAGCAGCUUGCCCACCAGUAUGAGAACAUCAUUGAGGAGUGUGGCCACGGGCGCUUCCAGUGGAUGCUCUUCUUUGUUUUAGGCUUGGCACUGAUGGCGGACGGGGUGGAGGUGUUUGUAGUUGGCUUUGUUCUGCCCAGUGCUGAGAAGGAUAUGUGCUUGUCCAGCUCAAACAAAGGGAUGCUAGGGCUGAUAGUCUACCUGGGAAUGAUGGUGGGAGCUGUUAUUUGGGGUGGCCUGGCAGAUAAACUGGGAAGGAAGAAAUGCCUCAUCAUAUCUCUCGCAAUCAACGCUGCCUUUGCAUUCCUCUCCUCCUUCGUCCAGGGAUAUGGAUUCUUCCUCUUCUGCCGCCUUAUCUCCGGCCUCGGCAUCGGGGGAUCCCUCCCCAUCGUCUUUGCUUAUUUCUCUGAAUUCCUAUCUCGUGAGAAGAGGGGGGAACACCUGAGUUGGCUCUGCAUGUUCUGGAUGAUUGGUGGCAUUUAUGCCUCUGCAAUGGCUUGGAGCAUCAUUCCACACUAUGGCUGGGGUUUCAGCAUGGGAACCAAGUACCACUUCCACAGCUGGAGGGUAUUUGUAAUCGUCUGUGUUCUGCCCUGUAUCUCUUCACUGGUGGCACUUAAAUUCAUGCCGGAAAGUCCACGGUUUUUGCUAGAGAUAGGUAAACAUGAUGAAGCCUGGAUGAUUCUCAAGCAAGUUCAUGAUACCAACAUGCGGGCCAAGGGGGAGCCAGAGAGGGUGUUUACGGUCGCCCACAUCAAAACUCCAAAGCAAAUAGAUGAGUUUAUUGAAAUCCAGAGCUCAACAGGAUCAUGGUACCAGCGCUGGUUGAUCAGAAUCAUGAGUACAUUAAAACAGGUCUGGGACAACCUGUUGUAUUGCUUGACAGCCCAGUACAAGAUGAAUACACUGAUUCUGGCUAUGGUUUGGUUUUCAAUGGCCUUUAGUUACUAUGGCCUUACUGUCUGGUUCCCUGACAUGAUCCGGUAUCUCCAGAAUGAGGAGUAUGAAUCCCGACUCAAAACCUUCAAUCGGGAACAUGUAACUCACGUCACCAUAAACUUCACACUGGAAAACCAGAUCCAUAGGAAUGGGGUAUUUCUCAAUAUUAAGUUUGCUAAGAUGAAAUUGAAAUAUGUGACUUUUGAGGACAUGCUCUUUGAGGAAUGCUAUUUUGAAGAUGUGACAUCCAGCGAGACUGUCUUCAGAAACUGCACCAUUUUAUCCACUGUCUUCUAUAACACUGAUCUUUAUGAAGACAAAUUCAUCGAGUGCAGGUUUAUAAAUGUCACCUUCCUGCACCAGAAGGAGGGAUGUCACCUGGACUUCGAGCAGGAAAACGACUUCCUAAUUUAUCUCGUCAGUUUCCUGGGUAGUUUGUCCGUGUUGCCUGGCAACAUCAUCUCAGCACUGCUCAUGGACAAAAUAGGAAGGAUAAAGAUGAUUGGUGGCUCAAUGCUGAUUUCUGCAGUAUGCUGCUUCUUUCUGUUCUUCGGCAAUAGUGAAUCUGUGAUGAUUGGCUUGCAGUGUCUAUUCUGCGGGGCCAACAUUGCUGCCUGGAAUGCCCUGGAUGUGAUAACCGUGGAGCUCUAUCCCACCAGUAAAAGAUCAACAGCCUUUGGCAUCCUCAAUGGUCUCUGCAAGUUUGGUGCCAUCUUGGGGAACUCUAUCUUUGCUUCCUUUGUUGGGAUAACCAAAGUGGUUCCCAUCCUUCUGGCCUCCUCUGUGCUGGUUGCGGGAGGCCUGUUAGCCCUGAGGCUACCAGAGACUCGAGAACAGGUCCUGAUGUGAGCAAUUGGGCAGCAGGGAAAUGAAGAAGAGCUACAGAAAAGAGCCAUGUCUAGAAAAGUCAAAAUGUCCAUUUAUCCUUUGCGGCUGAUACCUCAGCUAUGGGAAGUGGGGGAAAAACAACCCCUAAUUUAAGACCACUUGCCAUCCAUGAUUGGCUGUUUGCAAUCAGGGUACAUACACACUGCAGAACUUUGCUCAUUUGCUUUAGAUCCAAACCACACUAGGGAGAAACUGAGGAUCUGUCCUUCCCGUGUAUGCAUGGGCAUAACUGACACAAAAUAUUAACAGCAGCACUGUGUGUGCAGGCAUCAAAGGGGAGAACAGAUUCAAACCCUUAUAUGCUCUGGAUGAAUUGCAAGAAAACAUCUGCAUUUCCAAGCUUUUUCAGGCAAUUAGCACAAGCUGUCCUGGCUUGCAGAAGAACUGGAAGAUAGUUAACAAACCAGUUAUCUUGAU